UCAUUUUUGGAAUUCUAUGUGUGCACAGACUGUUCGUGAGCAAUUGUCAACAGUUCAUUCAUUGCGACAAAGUUUGUGGAGCGGUGAACACGUUCUAUUCGAUUGCUUUCUAAACUUCUAAUUUUCGCACUUUUGUUACAUUGACAAAGUAAAUUAAUAAAUAUUUAACGGCGAUCAUGUUAUCGAGGCAUUUAAAGCAAAUUGAUCACAUCGGUUGGCGUAAUUUGCGCGUUUCAAGGGUGCGAACUUUUGCAGUGCAAGCAGAGUCUAGGCAAAACAGUGCAAGUGAUGCGGACUUAGAGAACGCUCGGCCGUACUCAGAAGUGCCUGGGCCAAGUAAACUCGAGCUAAUACGUUUAUUCAUGCCUGGCGGUUUAUUUUCCAAAAAACCAUUUUUUGAUGCCUUUCGUGAAAUGGGAAAGACAUAUGGAGGGCUUUUUCGCUUUCCCGGCAUAUUUGACAAACCCGAAAUUAUAAUCGAUUUAAACCCCACGGAUUAUUCGAUUAUUUUUCGUAAUGAAGGAGCAUUGCCUAAUCGACGCGUUUUCGAUACGUUCGUCUAUCAUCGUGAAAAACAUCGGCCGGAAUUCUUUCAGGGCGUCGACGGUAUUAUAUCCACCUCUGGCGAGAAAUGGGCGAAAAUGCGUACGGCUGUGAAUCCAAUAUUGAUGCAACCGAAAAAUGCCAAACUGUACUUGAAUACGCUAUUGGAUAUUAAUAGCGAGUUCUUAGAAAGAAUACGGCACAUACGCGAUCCCAGUACAUUGGAAGUACCCGAUGAAUUCGUUGACGAGAUCAAUCGGCUUUCUUUUGAGGGUAUCGCAGGCAUUGCGCUGAAUACACGUCUCGGUUUAAUACAAAAAAAUCGUGAUACGGUCGAGGGAAAAGAGAUCAUGAAGAGCGUACGCAAUUUCUUUUUACUCUUCGAAGAGUUAGAGGUUAAACCUUCCAUAUGGAAGUAUGUAAAAACACCGAAAUUCUAUAAAAUGAUGAAGACCCUGGACUCCAUGACGGACAUCUGCAAUAAGUACAUUAACGAAGCGCUAAUGCGUAUUGAACACGACAGCGAUGGCAACCUCACAUCGGAGCUGGGCAAGGAGAAGAGUGUACUGGAGAAAUUAGUGCGCGUUGAUAAGAAAUUCGCCGUGGUAAUGGCGCUAGAUAUGAUGAUAGCUGGUAUUGAUACAACCAGCUCCACUUUGGCCGGAAUAUUGUUAUGCAUUGCCAAGAAUCCUGAUAAGCAACAAAAGCUAUUUGAAGAAAUUCAGACAAUAUUGCCGAAAAAGGAAUCGGAACUUACAACUGAAAAUAUGCAAAAUUUGCCUUACCUGCGCGCCUGCAUCAAAGAGGGCAUACGCUGCUAUCCCAUCUUCCCGGGUACGAUGCGUCGAUUGCCCAACGAUAUAGUGCUGAGCGGUUAUCGCAUACCUGCCGGUACCGACAUCUGCAUCGGCGCCAAUAUGGUAAUGCAUGAUGAACGCUAUAUGCCGCAGCCGGAUAAAUUCAUACCGGAGCGUUGGCUGCGUAACGAUAAAUCCGCACAAGCUUUGGAGGGGCAAAUUACUAAUCCAUUUUUGUAUGUACCCUUUGGCUUUGGUCCACGUAGUUGUAUGGGUAAGCGUAUUGUCAAUUUGGAGCUGGAAAUCACUUUGACGUAUUUGGUGCGAAAUUUCCAAAUUGAAUUUAACUAUCCGGCCGAGAAUGCGUUCGCUAUGAAGUUUAUGAGCGUACCGCAAAUACCGCUCAAGUUCAAAUUCAUCGAGAGAGAAGCAUAGUGUUGGAUAUGAGAAUGAGAGAGAAAUAGGUAUAGUCAAUACAUAAGUUUUAAUAACAUAUUAAGCCCUGAACAUAAUAAAAUUAUUUUUCAAAUACUCAUAAAAAAUAUAUUUCCUACAAAAUAAUUAAAACAGUUAUAUAUAGUAUAAAUAUAUUUUUGUAUUCAUCAAAAUAUUAUAUAAUAAUACAUAUACAAAUGUAAAAUCUGUAAAAAUAGGCUUUCAAAAUUUAGACACCUAACAAAAAGGUCCCGAAUAUAUUAAAGUAAAUUGUGACAAUACAUAUAUGUACUAAUUUUUAAUAUUCCAGUGUUAUACCUUUGUAUACCCUGAAAAAAAUACAAAAUAUAAUAAAAAUGAACAACUUUAUGCUAUAAGUAGUA